AUGCCGAAGGCUGCACAGGCCAUGGACAGUGCAGAGGAGCACAUGGGCGUCAUGCCCCCCAAGCUCCACAAUCCCAAGGUCCUGCUCCACACCGUUGCAAGUGAAGCCUGGACCGAAAAACACUUCGCAGACGUCACGAUCGACGUCAAGGGCGCUCAGUUCCAGUUGCACCGCUUGGUGGUGUGCGAGAGCCCUUUGUUCAGGUCGCUGUUCCUGGGCGAAUGGAAGGAGCACCAGAAGGUUUAUACGCUGGCCGUGGAAGACGACCUGGUGACGGCUGCAAGCUUUGAAGCUGUGGUGGCGACUAUGUACGGGAGGGACAUGGGCCUUAACAUGGACAAUGCUAAGGGGUUUUAUGCAGCCGCCUCGUUUCUGCAGAUGUCUGCUGUGGCGAUGCGCUGUGCAGAGUUCGUUGCGGCACACCUGACUCUCACCAAUGUGGCUGACAUCCUUCACCUGGCGGCCACCCGCGGGUACCUGGCUAGCGAUGUGUUGCUUGAGGCCUGUGCUACAUAUUAUAAGCAGUACGCGUUUGAGCUGAGAAGACAGUUGCUCCGUGUGCCCCUUGGGGUUCUGCGAGACAUAUUGAAGUCGGAUGCUCUGGCAGUGCCGACGGAGAUACUACGGUUCAGGUUGGUGACUGAUGUGUUCGGGGCCAAAAUGGAGGCUGCGUGGGCAAAUUUGGGGCCGAGCAGUGAUGAGGAUAACGGACAUAUUGAGUUGAGGUUCGAAGGCAAGGAGGACGAAUUUCAGGAUUGUGCACAGACUGCUUGCACCAAUCGCCCACCUGAGGGCGAUUCUGAAACAAGCGGGGCACUGCCGGCCUUGAAUAGUGGACGCUCGGAGCUUGUUGAGCUGCGAGAGGCGUUUGUGGAUGUCCUAGAAAAUGGGAUCCUGUAUGAACACCUCCGGGAUAGGGAAGUAAUGGAGGUUUCCAAUAGGCUUGACGACUUGGGCAUUGAGGAAGGGUUGCAGGCUUUCUGGCAUGGAAUGUUGAAAGCGCGCUUGCUAAAAAUGGCCAUCCAAGACAUGCACAAUGCUGAGAUGAGCUGCAGUGCAAGUUCCCUGUGCCAAGCCAAAGGCAUGCCCCCAUUCCGGUUUUCCUGCGAACUGGAGGACGUCAUGAACGUUGGCCUGUUCGGGCGGUGGGAGUCAGAUAAGUGCUUCUACGCGGGCUCGAAUUGGUGGAUGAAAGUUGAGGGAGGAAAGGACAAACAGGGCAGCCAGGGUUUGGGUGUACGUUUGUGCUGUGCGAGCGCAGUGAAAUGUGACUGUGAGUACGUGAACAAGCUGAUCCCACAUGUGCAGGUGACCAUACGAUGUGGGGAAGUGCGCAAAGUCAUUGACAAGGAUGGGUCCAGAUGGCUCGCCCCCACUGACUUCUUUCUGCGCACCAGCAGGCUAAAACUGUGCCUGACUGAAACAGGUUCCCUGCGGUUUGUGGUCCUCAUCAAGCUGAACCUCAAUGCCCGGUGGCUCUAA